UGGAGACCUGAGUUCGGAGGAAACGGCGCUCGCAGGACCAGAAAACUUACCUAUACCGCAGGGCUCACUGAUCACCCAGACCUGCUCACCUGUGAAACACAAAAAAGAGACUGGGAAGAUGGAGAGACAGGAGACAGUAGCAUAGGAUCCAGAGCCACGAUCUGGCUAUUCAUUGUUAUUCAAAGAGAAAAUCAAAGAAGAGAAACAGCAAGAAAUGGCUGAUAUUCCAGUAAAGAUGUUCCAGGAUAUGUUGACAUUCAGGGAUGUGUCUGUGGACUUCUCCCAGGAGGAGUGGGAAUGCCUGGAUUCUGCUCAGAGGGCUUUGUACAUUGAUGUGAUGGUGGAGAAUUACAGCAACCUGGUCUCUGUUGAGAACUAUUGCAUACAUGAUACUGUCUGUCAACACGUGAGGACCGAAAAGGAGUCUUGCCAGUGUAAUGAGCUUGGUGAAAUGCUCCAUGAACCCUCCAACUCUGCACUUUAUAAAAGGAGUGACACUACAGAAACCUCUAAUAACGACAGAUGCUGUAAGGACAGGGCUGACUCUGUUGACUCAUCAAACCCAGAUCGACAUAAAAGGAUGCACACUGGAGAAGAACCUUGCCAUUCUAAAGACUGUGAGAAAUCUUCCAGUUUGUGUUCCAACAUUAGUGAAGAUCAAAGACUCUACACUGCAAAGAAAGAGCUCAAGCAGGAUGAACAUGAUGACCAUUUCAGCUCUACACACAGUCUCAUGCAACAAACAAUAUACAUUAGAGAGAAACGAUACCAGUGUGGGCAGUGCAGGAAGCACUUCAGUACUGCCUCAAGCUUCAGCAUGCAUCAGAGAAUUAAUACUGGAGAGAAACCCUACAAGUGCAAUGUUUGUGACAAAUCUUUUAAUCAGUGGUCAAGUCUUAAAACACAUAAAAUAAUUCAUACUGCUGAGAAACUGUACAAAUACAAAGAAUGUGAAAAGUCAUUUGUGCAGGUGUCUGCACUUAAAAGCCAUCAGAGAAGGCAUACAGGGGAGAAACCUUACAAAUGCAAUGAGUGUGACAGAUCCUUUUCCCACUGUGCAUCAUUAAGAUGGCAUCAGAAAACUCAUUCUCCUGAGGUACGUUAUGAAUGCAAAGAAUGUGGUAAGUCCUUUUUUGAAUUAUCCCAUUUUAAAAUGCAUUACAGAAUCCACACUGGUGAAAAGCCUUACAGAUGUGAGAUAAGUGAUACAACUAUUACUGUGAGUUCCACUCCUAAAACUCAUCAGAAAAUUCAUACUGGAGAGAGACCUUACAGAUGUAGGGAAUGUGACAAAUCUACUACCAAGUGCUCACAUCUUAGAACACAUCAGAGAAUUCAUACUAGAAAGAGACCUUUUAGAUGUAUGGGAUGUGACAAAUCUUUUAUUAAGCACUCAAAUCUUAGACAACAUCAGAAAAUUCAUAGUGGAGAGAAACCUCUUAAGUGCAAAGAUUGUGAUAAAUCCUUUUUCCGGAUUUCUAGUGUUCGAAUACAUCAGAAAAUUCAUACUGGAGAGAGACGUUAUAGAUGUAAGGAAUGUAGCAGAUCUUUUACCUGGUUCUCAAAUUUUAGAGUCCAUCAGAGAGUUCAUACUGGAGAGAGACCUUACAAAUGUAAAGACUGUGACAUAUCUUUUCUGUGGAUUUCAAAUCUUAGAACCCAUCAGAAAAUUCAUACUGGAGAGAAACCUUACAAAUGUAAGGAAUGUAAGAAAUCUUUUACUAGGUGCUCAUAUCUUAGAGACCAUCAGAAAAUUCAUACUGGAGAGAAACUUUACAAAUGCAAAGACUGUGACGUGUCCUUUCUGUGGAUUUCAAGUCUUAGAAGACAUCAGAAGAUUCAUACUGGAGAAAAACCUUACAAAUGCAGAGAAUGUGAGAAAUCCUUUACUCAGUGCUCGACUCUAAGAGACCAUCAGAAAAUUCAUACCGGAGAGAAACCUUACAAAUGCAAAGACUGUGACGUGUCCUUUCUGUGGGUUUCAAGUCUUAGAAGACAUCAGAAAAUUCAUACUGGAGAGAAGCCUUACAAAUGCAAAGACUGUGACGUGUCCUUUCUGUGGAUUUCUAAUCUUAAAACGCAUCAGAAAAUUCACACUGGAGAGAAGCCUUACAAAUGUCAGGAAUGUGACAAAUCUUUUACUAGGAGCUCAUAUCUUAGAGUCCAUCAGAAAACUCAUACCGGAGAGAAACCUUACAAAUGCGAAGACUGUGAUGUAUCCUUUAUGUGGAUUUCGAAUCUUAGAAGACAUCAGAAAAUUCAUACUGGAGAAAAGCAUACCAUUGUAAAUAAUGUGACAUAAUAUUUAUCUGGUAUUCUCUGCUUGCAAAUCACAAGGAGAUAAGUGAUCAAAACAUAAAGAUAACAAAACAAGAUUGUUAAAGCCUUUAAUGAAGACUGAAAUCUUACAAAAUGCAUCAGAGUUUAUAUUAAAAUAAAAAUCUGC